AGAAAAUUUUAAUAUUUUUGGGGCCAUAAGUUAAAUUGUCGAAAAUUUUGGGACCAAGGACGCCUGGCUCAUUCCUUGUAACUUCUACCACUGUUGGUCCCAAACAUUCUUCUGGGCUUCCCAAAUUCAGUUUGAGUUGGGAAAAAUUAUAUUCAAGGGAAAUGGAGGGAGAGAAGGAAAAGGGGAGGACGAAAAGAAUCGCUGUUUUCAUGGCUUUCGGCACCAAAGGCGACGUCUACCCUAUUGCUGCCAUUGCUGCAGCUUUCGCUACGGACCAGAAUGGUUACGACGUCGCUUUUAUCACUCAUUCGGCACAUCAGAAUCUAAGUUCACAUUUGGCAAAAAAGAAUAUAAUUUUUGUUCCAAUUUCUUCGCCACCUGUUCUUUCUAGUAAUGGGACUGAUGAUAAGACAGGUUCACCGGGAUUAGAAUUUUCAGAGCAGAAAAACAUUAUUGCAAAAGAACAAAGAAAAGAAUGCUGUUUGGCAGUUGAAAGGCUAUUCGGUGAUGAUCCAUGCUUGGAGGGUGAUUUUAUUGGGAUAAAUUUCUUUGCUUUGGAAGGGUGGAGCCUUGCAGAACUUUUCCAUGUCCGUUGUAUUGUUCUUGCUCCUUAUGUUGUUCCUUAUAGUGCACCUUCAUUCUUUGAGCAUUACUUCAGAAAAGAACUUCCUCUUUUGUACAAAUAUCUCCAGGAAGCUCCCGCUGAUAAGGUUUGCUGGAAAGAUGUAAUUCAUUGGAUGUGGCCACUUUUUAGUGAUAAUUGGGAAUCUUGGAGAAGUGAGGAUUUGAAUCUGAGUCCUUAUCCUUUUACACAGGACCCGGUAACAGGUCUUCCUACUUGGCACGAUAGGCCACCAUCUCCCCUACUAUUGUAUGGGUUUAGCAAAGAAAUUGUUGAGUGCCCUGAUUAUUGGCCAUCAAAUAUUCGGGUUUGUGGCUUUUGGUUCCUCCCUAUUGAGUGGCAGUUUUCCUGUCAGGAAUGUGGACAAAUUUCAACACUGCUUUCCACACGGCAUCUAAACUCGGAUGACAUGUGUCCAGCUCAUGCUGAGUUACAGUAUUUUCUAAAGACUCCUUUGUCUAGGCCACCUAUUUUCAUAGGGCUAAGUUCUAUUGGAAGUAUGGGGCUUAUGAGGAAUCCUCGAGCCUUUCUACAGGUUGUCCGAACUGUUCUAGAGGUUACAUGUCACAGAUUUAUCCUUUUUACAGCUGGCUAUGAACCAUUAGAUGCAGCAGUCCAGGAAGUUGCCCAUGAAGCAUCUUCUAUUUCGAAGCAAAGAUGGUCGGUUCAAAAGGGGUUAUCUCUUUUUGAUAGUCGGCUGUUUUGCUUUUCAGGUAUGAUACCAUAUAAUUGGCUGUUCCCGAGAUGUGUAACUGCAAUUCAUCAUGGAGGGAGUGGAUCCACUGCUGCAGCUCUAUAUGCUGGUAUCCCUCAGAUUAUAUGUCCGUUUGUGCUGGAUCAAUUCUAUUGGGCAGAGAAAAUGUUUUGGCUUGGAGUUGCUCCAGAACCAUUGAGAAGAAACCACCUUGUUCCAGAAAAUAUUAGUGAAACAAGUAUCAGGGCCGCAGCAAAUGUUCUAUCACAAGCAAUACAUGAUGCAUUAUCUCCUAGAAUCAAAGAACGUGCAUUAGAAAUUGGUAAAAGGAUUUCUCCUGAGGAUGGAGUUUCAGAAGCUGUGAAGAUCCUAAGGGAAGAGAUUGGCCCUGCACUUUAAGAUGAACUGAGAAUGGAUAGUUUGUUGUUGUAUGGUACAUUUUUUUUUACUCUAGACUUGUUUACUGUAAGUUUUUCCUUCCUACUCUUUUUACUAUAGAAAGAACUAGCUGAAUCAUUUAGCUCUAGACAAGUUGCCUCAGUGUACCAAUAGUAAGGAUGAAGUAUGAAAAGGUUAUCGAGAAUUGGGUAACAUUUGAAUAUUUCUGGUUAGUUGAUGGGGCAUUGAGGCUGGUCUCCUGUUCUCUCUCAUGAAGGGAUGGGUGAAUUACAUUGUAUUAAAUUUACUCAUUUCUAAAUUCAAAUAUGAAAAUCUUUAAAUCGCC